GAUCAAGCUCGACGAAGGCCCGCUCUCGAGUGUCACUGGUCAUCUGCGCACGAAACGCCCCCACUUAUCGUCACCGCCAGACCAAGAAACAAAGGGGUUUCCGCCGCGAAAGGAUCGAGCACGCCGUACUACGCACGACGAGCCAGAAAGACGGCCAAGGCUAGCUGAACUGGUGGCCUUCGAAUGCAUCUAUCAACAUGACGGAUUCUCUGCACAACGCGCCCAUUGUCCUGGACAAUGGCUCCGGCACGAUCCGUGCCGGUUUCGCAGGAGACGACUUGCCAAAGUGCUACUUUCCCUCGUUUGUCGGCCGUCCCAAGCACCUGAGAGUGCUUGCCGGCGCGCUCGAAGGCGAGGUCUUCAUCGGGCAGAAGGCGGCAACGGAGCUCAGGGGUCUGUUGAAGAUCAGAUACCCGCUAGAGCACGGCAUCGUCACGGACUGGGACGAUAUGGAGAAGAUCUGGGAAUACGUGUACGGCGAGGGACUUAAGACGCUUAGUGAAGAGCAUCCCGUCCUCCUGACCGAACCGCCCCUCAACCCUCGCAGCAACCGCGACACCGCCGCCCAGAUUCUCUUCGAGACCUUCAACGUCCCCGCGCUGUACACAUCAAUCCAGGCCGUCCUGUCAUUAUACGCCAGCGGCCGAACGACGGGCAUCGUUCUCGACUCGGGAGACGGCGUGUCGCACGCUGUGCCGGUGUACGAGGGUUUCGCCAUGCCGAGCAGCAUAAGGCGGAUAGACGUGGCCGGUCGUGACGUGACGGAGUAUAUGCAGAUGCUGCUGCGCAAGAGCGGCUACGUUUUCCACACGAGCGCCGAGAAGGAGGUCGUGAGGCUCAUUAAGGAGUCCGUCACGUAUGUGGCGCACGACCCGAGGAAAGAAGAAAAGGAGUGGGCCAACAGGACGGACCCUACCAAGGGUGUGGAAUACGUCCUUCCGGACGGACACAAGCUCAAGAUUGGCGCGGAACGUUUCAGGGCGCCGGAAAUCCUAUUCGACCCCGAGAUUAUUGGCCUCGAGUACCCCGGCGUGCACCAGAUCGUCGUCGACGCCAUCAACCGGACAGAUCUCGACCUGCGCAAGUCGUUGUACAGCAACAUCGUGCUGUCCGGCGGCAGCACGCUGACGAGGGGCUUCGGUGACCGACUACUGACGGAGCUGCAGCGGCUGGCCGUCAAGGACAUGAGGAUAAAGAUUUUCGCGCCUCCCGAGCGCAAGUACUCGACGUGGAUUGGAGGAAGUAUCUUGGCUGGUCUCAGCACCUUCCGCAAGAUGUGGGUGAGCAUCGACGACUGGCACGAGAACCCGGAGAUCAUCCACACUAAGCUUACGUGAAACGUGGUCUCGUUUCCGAUUGUAUGGACGAAGCUAUUUCAAAGUGACGUUUCCCCUGGCGUGUUCCCGUUGAUACAUCUAGGGCCGUAAUUCGUCAGCCUUUGCGGCAGUGACAAAGGGGGUUAGACGGAUGAUGAACACCCAUGAAGCUUAGACGUGAUGAGUUAUAAGAGGGAAAGGGGGGCUUGGGGGUUGGACUGGCUAGAUCUGAGAUUACCCCCGAUA